AUGCCUUUCAAUGAGGGUGUAAUAUGGGGGUUUAAUGUAGCCUUUUACUCUAACAUAAAGAAAGUGAAUGAUGUGCUAAAGAGCCUAAGAAUUAGAGCGGGUGGAAAGCAACUAGACAUCGAAGAUGCGUCGACUAUUUUAACAAAUCAGAACAUUAAGAGCCCAGAUGAUGUGCAGCAGGUUGUAGACUUCAAGGAAAAGUGUCGUAAAAAUGUUGGAGAAGAUGCCGUCAAAGCUAUUGAGAAAUCUCAGCAGGACCUCUUCCCUUGCUUCUCGAGUAUAAUCAAAAUGGAUAAGCUCAGGCAUGAGAUCAAUCGCAGUAUUCCCCGCGGAGAACUGGAUCUCGUCUUCAAGAAGUAUUGUGGGCGGCGAGAAAGCUUAAUGGCCUGUGUCGAGGAUAUGUUCACCAGCUUAGAGAAAUGCAUGAACGACCAGGAGCGAAAAGACCUUCAGAUUGUUCGAGAAGCCAUCGAUGCAGGGAUAGAUUUCGUGUGUCACAAAGAUGGCGACAGAAUUGCCCUGUUCAUGGCGGAGGAAGGCGAGGAGUGUCUCGUCAGUCAGAAAGACAACAUUAGGGAGUGUGUGGAAGAGAAGGUUCCAGAGAUAAAAGAUGCGGAAGAAGACAUGAGCUUACUAUCCCCGCAAACUUUUACAAUAAACGAGGCAAACUGCAAAAAAUUAAACGCCAUGCAUCACUGUGUUGUAAAGCACACCGAGAAAUGUGAAGACCCGACACCAGCCAACAUCCUGGACUCCCUUAUAAUCCAAGUGCUGAAGGUGACACCAUGCUGGCAGACAAGUGGGGCGGAAACUGUAGCAUCACAGUCGCAGUACCUCCUCUCGGACACGCUCACUCUCAUGGCUGCGGCACUCACUGCGGCCAAUAUCCUGCUCUAAGGCAUGAGUACAGUCGAGUGAAAUGGAAUUGAUGUUUUAUCUUAGAUACAAAAUACCCCUCCAGAUUUCACGAGAUUGUGAGCUCCUAAAUGAUAUACAUAACAAGAAUAAGAGAUAUACUUAGUCUUGUUAAUUAAAGUUUUUCAGUUACUGGAGAGUUUGCCAAGGCUGUGAUCACGAUAUGUAGAAAGAUAUUUUUAUUUGGAGAAUGAAUCCCCAUAGUCAGAAUUAUUUACAUAUUUAUCAUUGAGAUUAUAAUUAUUAUAAGGGAGUUUAUUUGAUUUUAUUCUGAUGACUUAAUAGGGAAUAUAAAUGUAGUCAUUUAUAAUGGAAACUAAUGUAUGUAUAUGAGUAUUUGUCAUUUUUUCUCUUUUUUUUUUUAUAAUGAAUUAUGUAUAUAUGUGUGUGUGUGUGUGAUUGGGCUGUUGACUGCUAGCAAGCAUUGGAUAUCUACCUAUGUAUGUGUCUGUGUAUGCUGAUACUUUUUUUUAUGUGUGUAUAAAUAUAGACCUCUGUUUCUAGACCUCUUAAGUCUAGAAACACAAUAUUCAUUUAGUAAACUCAUUAACGAAAUUUGGAGGACAAAACUAAAAUUUACCAAAUACUUGUUGACUAGAAUAUGGCCAAGUGACAUGUUUUUCCUCCCAUAGUUCUUAUUAAGUUUUAAAGAACGGUAGGAAAUAUAGAAUCUCAUCUAGUUUGCGUUCUGUUGAUUUCUGUGUUUGCUGGAAUGAUUCAAGAGGAAUGAAAAUACCAAAGAAAUGGAGGCUUUGUAGAAAUUGUGCCAAUUAUCAUUAUCAUUGUGUAUGCAUGUUUUUAUUAGUUAACCUUUGUAGUUGGUUUACCAUCACUUUCACUUAUAAAAGCCUGGCAGGAAUUUAACAUAUUAUUUGAGUAUCAUAAUUUAGAAUUCAGUCUAAAUGUAGUUAUUCUUAUUAGAGAAAAAUAACAGUUGAAAGGGGAGCAAUGGGAUAAAUACAGUGUAAUAUUCCAUUAAAAAAAAAAGAAUUUUAAAUAAAAGAAUUAAAAAAACAAGAUAAAGCUCUAAAUGAUGAA